UAAGUGUCGCGGCGCCGCCUCCCGCUCGGCGCGGCCUCCCCCCGCGGCUCGGCCAAUCAGCGCCCGCCCGCGUCACAGUGAGGGCAGCGAAACACGGAGAAAGGCAAAAAAAAGUUUGGUGAGGAGCGAGCGGGGCCAGGCGGGGCUGGGCGGCGGCGGGACGCGGCGGGCCCGGAGCCAGGUUUGAUUAUUGCAAUACAGCUGGGAUUGAAAGCAGCAAGAGGAAUCUCCAAAGCUGUUGAAGAUUGCUGGUCUCUCAUCAGUCUGGUCCGUAGCAGAAGGGAGAAUGGCUCAAGAAACCAACCGCAGCCAGGUGCCCAUGCUGUGCUCCACUGGCUGUGGCUUCUACGGCAAUCCCCGCACCAACGGCAUGUGCUCGGUCUGCUACAAAGAGCAUCUGCAGCGGCAGAACAGCAACGGUAGAAUUAGCCCUCCGGCAACUUCUGUCACUAGUAUAACUGAAUCCUUACCAGUUCAGUGCACAGAAGGCAGCACCCAGGAAACUCAGUCACCUUUAGAUUCUACAUCGACUCCAUCUAUGCAGCCAAGCCCUGUGUCCAGUCAGUCCCUUCUAACAGAAUCUGUAGCAUCAUCCCAAGCGGAUAGCACAGCUGUGGACAAAACAGUACCUGAGACAGAAGAGUUGCAAGCUUCAGUGUCAGAGCAUGCAGAGCCUACAGCUGAGGAGCAGGAGAAGUCGCUUGACAAACCCAAACAGAAGAAGAAUCGUUGCUUCAUGUGCAGGAAGAAGGUUGGGCUGACUGGCUUUGAGUGCCGCUGCGGGAAUGUGUUCUGCGGCAUGCACCGCUACUCAGACGUGCACAGCUGCUCCUACAACUACAAAGCUGAUGCUGCUGAGAAGAUCAGAAAAGAGAAUCCUGUAGUCGUUGGGGAGAAGAUCCAGAAGAUCUGAACUGCUGCUUCUGCUGGAACACGAGAGUCCUCUGCCCGUCUGCAGAUUGAAUUGACUUGAGCUUUCUUUCCUUAGUCACCGGGAGCGUAGCGCAGUGUCCUUGCCUAGACCUUUAAUCAUGCAUGUCAGCAGAUGAAUAGAUUUUUGGGGGUUUUGGGUUUGGUUGUUUUUUUGGUUUGGUUGUUUUUGUUUGUUUCUGUUUUGAACAUGAGACUGAACCUUUUCCUCUUCAUUGCAGUUUUCUGUGGCUGAAGACUUCAGUAAAACUUUACAAGUAUUAUCCUUUAAAGAUGAUUUUAAUCCUAGUGGAGUGCAGAGGGCUUUUAUAACCAACGUGGAGAGAGCGUCGCGGGGGCUGUGCUCUCCCAGCCUCCAGCGUGCAUGCAUUACCUUUUGCAGUUCAUUUUCCUGGUGUAUAUAGCUUUCCUCUGCAGCACAACUUCCUUUUUGGUUUGUUUUGGGGGUUGUUUUGGUUUGUUUUUUUGUUUUGAUAAUGCCUUGUAUGGCACAACUAGUUAUCAGUAACUGAAUGUAUUUUAAUCAUUAUGGCUGCUUCCCUUGGUUUGUUUUUCGUUUCCCCAUUAAUGAGGGGUUAUACCUGUUGGCAUAUUAGCUUGUUUGCACCCUCUACCUAUUUAUGUAUGAAUCAUUUGUAAUGAGAGUGUGUGCUGAGGUCUGUCUGCGUGGACUUGGGUUUGGUUUGGGUUUUUAUUUGCCCUCGGGGUGGGUUGGUUCGUGCGUGUGUGUGUCUGUGUGCGUGGGGGGCAGGCUGUAUGCACUUCACUGACUGCAGGUUUCCUUGGGGUUACAUCCAUCAGUCUGUCUGUACACAAAUAUGAAGAAUGAUCCGAAGUUCUGUGCUGUAUUUAUGUUUAUCCAUGUCUUAACUUUGAUUAAAUAAAAUUGGGGGAAAAAAAAACCA